AUGGUAGAAGCUAGAACUUUGGAUAGGGAAGAGCCAGACUUCUAUGGUGCCGGUCCUGCACUCUUACCCACUGAUGUCUUACAACAAGCUGCAUACGAUUUAAUUUCCUAUAACAAUGAUAUUGUUGGAAUUGCUGAGAUUUCACAUCGUUCAAAACCAGCAAUUGCCGUAAUUGAUGACACUAAGGAUAAUCUAAAGAAAUUGCUUGAAAUUCCCGACAACUAUGAGGUGUUUUUUCUUCAGGGUGGGGGUACUACUGGUUUUUCUUCCAUAGUGUAUAAUUUAUUUGCAAACCAUGCUAAAAAGACGGGUAAGAAGGGGAGAGCAGCGUACGCAGUCACUGGUUCUUGGUCAUCCAAAGCUGCUGAAGAGGCUAAGCGUUUGGGUUUCGAAGUGGAUAUUGUUGUAAAUACUAAAGCCUCAAACUAUGACGAUAUUCCUCCUUACACUGAGUGGGAACCAAUUGAAGAAAAUACUUCUUAUUUGUGGGUUUGUGAUAACGAAACUGUUCACGGGAAUGAACUCAAAGACACUCCAGGCUCAGACUACUUGCCUAAGGAUGUUGAAUUAGUUGCAGAUAUGUCAUCAAACAUUUUGUCUAAAAAGGUUGACAUUAGUAAAUAUGGUGUAAUUAUGGCAGGUGCACAAAAGAACGUGGGUAUUGCCGGCUUGACUAUUUACAUAAUCAGAAAAGAUUUGUUGGAACAAUCUUCAGAUGAUGAGUUGAGAAAAUUGGACAUACCUUUGCUGCCUAUAGCCACCCAUUUUCCAACUGUUGUGAAAAACAAUUCAGCCUACAAUACAAUUCCCAUAUUUGCAUGUCAAGUUUUGAAGUUAGUGACUGAUAAGCUUCUCAAAGAAGGGGGUCUCGAGGAAAAGGAAAAGGUUAACAACAAGAAAGCUGAGCUUUUAUACAAAGUCUUGGAUUCUUAUCCAAACUUCUAUAUCUUACCAGUGAAGAAUCCUAAAGUCAGAUCCAACAUGAAUGUUGUAUUUAAAUUACCAAGUGAGGAAUUGAACGCCAAAUUUGUUGCUGAAGCUGAUGCUGCCAAUUUGAAAGGCUUAAAAGGUCACAGAUCAGUUGGAGGUAUCAGAGCGUCAAUCUAUAACGCUGUCUCGCUUUCAAGUGUUGAGAGGUUAGCAAAAUUUGUUGAUGAGUUUGCCAAGGCCAAUAGUUAG